AUGCUGAAUGAACGGGAAAAGGUUUGUCGAAUAAAAUUUUCAAACAUAAAAAAUUGUUUUCAGGUCUUUUUGAGCACGCUGUUCCAAUUUCUGAAGGUGAUUUAUGAUCAAGCAGAUAUUGUUGAACACAACUAUCCAUUCAUCGUUUUUGAUUGCUAUGCUGAUUUGAUAAUCAGUUAUGGGGAAACUCUUUUUUCAAUUGAUACGCACGAGAAGUUUGAGGUUAGGAAUAUUUUCUUGUUCAUUUUGAGGCUCCAGAAAAAAAAUAGAUUCAAAAUCAAGCGUUUCACAUAUACCUCUCAUAAUCAAAAUUUCAAGCUCUCCUGGAAUUUCAUAACAAUUUGUAGUUGGGAAAAUUUCUAAACCAAAAAAUCAUAUUUUUGCACUUAUUCACUUCAUUGAGCGGAUGUUAAUUUAUUUCGAAAAUCAUUUUUAGUCACAUUUUCUAGACAACUUUAUGUUAAUAUUAUUCUGACAUUUAUUUUUUUGAACUCUAGAUGCUCAUCAAUGUUUUUUUGAGCUGCGAAAACAAAACAUAGAAAGCGACAAAUCACACAUUCGAAGAUUUAUUGAUUCAUUAGCGCCAGACCUGUCGUUUUUGGGCGGCCGGGCCGGGCCAGCCCUUCAAAAAUCCAAAAAAUGCGGGCUAUUUCGGCCCUCCGGCCCUUCUUUUUUUAUGAGAGGCUGCUUCAGCCCUUUUUCAGCCCUUCAUAAAUUUUUGAUGACAAUUUGGGAUUUUUACAAAUGGAUGAUUUUGCUCAAAUUUUCUGCAUUUGGGCGAAUUUCGUAAAUCAGAAUAACUUAAAUUGGUGUUAGUGCACCAAUAUUUCUUCGAAGUACUGUUUUGGUGCAGGAUCGUAAUGGUGAAACACAUGAAUUUCAAUAAAUUUUACUUUUAUUGUCAAUCCACCAUUAGAAACACGAAAUACGGAAAUAUUCUUCCGCCAAAAUGCAAAAAUUCGAAAGAAACACCAUUGAAAUAUAGUGGAUUUACACAAUAAAAUUUGUUUGAAAGGCCGGGCUGAGCCAGCCCAUUUUCCAUAUUUGGGCUGGCUAGGCCGGCCCUUCAAAUGACUGGCCCGAGGGCCGCAAAUAGCCGCAAAACGACAGGUCUGAUUAGCGCCAAAAACAUUUUCUGUCCUCGACAAAAAAAACCAAAAGAUGUUGCAGGAAAAAGCGGGAUCUCUUCGCGAUGACAUUUUGAAUCUCUAUCGUUCAACAAUGAUUUUCGUCAACCGCAACGAACCUCCAGCUCCUGAAAUUUUCGAGGAUCUUUUUGGUAACCGCAAUGCCCAAAUUUAA